AUGCAGAUCGGAGACCUGUUGGCCCAAAUUAGCGGCGGCAAGUCGACUGCCGGGUCCGCUCCGGGGCCCAAGACGAUCGACGUCAUUCCGAGUAAACGCAAGCCUGAUCAUGAUGAUCUGCGUGGCGAUGGCUCCAAGGCAUCACGCCGGAUAGCCUUGCCCGGUGGUGCUGUUCAGACACCGAGCUCCGGCGGUGACAGGUCGGCCCUUCAACAACAGCCGUAUACUGGAAGUGCAAGGCGCGGCAACACAUCCGCCCUCAGGGCCCGCAGCCCGACACUCAAGUCCGCGAAACCGUGUCUUCACAGUCGACCUGCGCCAUCGCCUGUGGUCGCUUCGUCCAAAGCUCCUCCGAAGAAGGGAUCAUUUGCCGAGAUUCUGGCUCGUGGACAAAGAGCUCAGGCUACCAUGGGCCAAGUCGGCAAGAUCCAGCACAAGAAGGUCGAGAAAGGUGCCACCAAGAAGGCUCGAGACGAUCCGCCUCCUGCGGCGUCCUCCAAAGCACGAACCGUUGGUGGAUACACGGGGACAUCGAAGCCCGGUCAGCGCAAUGGCGUCAACGGCCACAAGCGGCCAUCGGGUCAUGCCACAGACGCCCGUUCCGGCACCGGUGCCCAGCCUCCCGCAGCUCGUGGCAAAGCAGCACCAGCCGAGGAAGAGGCGGCCAAGAAGGUCAAGAAAGCAGCUCAAGCCACCACCGGUUACACGGGCACCGCGAGACCGAAGCCAGGAAAUCCGACCCGGAAGAAUGACACACCCCGCGGAGGGGCGUUGCUUCACGCCCCUCGACAUGCUGCAAUCAAAAAUUCACGGCUUCAAGACGAUUACGACGAGGACCUGGAUGACUUUAUUGAGUACGACGACGAGGAAGAAGGGGGCCCUCGAUACGGCUACGACUCGGAAGGUUCCUCGGAUAUGGAAGCCGGGUUGGAUGAGCUCGACAAGGAAGAACGCCGCGCAGAGUUCAUCGGCCGCAAGGAAGACCUAGAGGAAGAGCGUCUAGAGAAGACUCUCAAGGCAGCCAAGGAAGAUCGGAAACGCAAGGCCCUCGAGGCGCUUCGCGCAAGGAGACGGUAG